CGUAAACAUUACUCUCACACUCUCAUCUGCACACUGGGCCAUGUAGAAUGUUUAUAUCCCAAAUGCCAACUUAAUUGUACCAGCUGUUCUGUAGAUAGAAAUGACUCAAGUACUAGAACAUUCUAAUUUUAUUACCCCUCCCGGGUAGCGUUGAAUAAUUUAAUUGUUUUCUUUCUAUGGUUUGGUUCACCAUGGAAGAAGGGCAAAUUGCUAAAGUCCUUCAGGACUUUUUUACCACUGCAGAAGGAGAAUUGAGCCUUCAAAAAGGAGACAUUGUCCAGAUAUUGAAAAAAAUUGACAAACUUUGGUGUUUUGGUUGUCACAAUGGUAGAACUGGAAAUAUGCCUUUAAAUUACUUAAUUUUUAUAAAUUGUCCAAAUUUACAAGAUGGAGAAGAACUUUUUGCAUCAAUUGCCAGUUUCCCUAUGCAGCAAAGUGGCGAUCUUUCCUUUGAUAGAGGUGAAUUGAUAGUUGGAGUUAGAAAAGUGGAUGACAAUUGGUGGCAAGGGAGAAUUGAUGCAAGAGUUGGUAUGUUCCCAAGAACAUAUACGUGGCAGCUUGACUCUUCUUUUAUGAAGAGAAAGGAAAGCCAACCUUAUAAAAUGAAGAAAGCUAGAGUUAAAAAAGACUUGCAAGCACAAAUUGAUGAAGAAAUUGAUCUGUUUGCUGGAGAUAUAGUAACAGUCACAGAAGUAGUUGACAAGGAUUGGUAUCGGGGUGAAAGCAGAGGCAAGACUGGAAUUUUUCCUGCUGCAUUUGUUACUCUUUUGAAUGAGGCUGAUGAAUCUUCUCAACAAAAUUAUCCAUCAACAGCUUCUAGUUCAAACUUUUCAGCUCCCAGCACAUUUCCUAACAGUGAUCUUAUGGAUGGCCCACCAUCAUAUAGUGAUGUUUUUGGAACAAAUGUACCUUCUACCUCUAGCUUUUUGACCAAUAAUACAAAUGAUAUGUUUGAUGAUGAUUAUUUUAAACAGAAUGCUCCCAGUACAUUUUUUGCUGAACAAAAUGACAACCAACGUGGCUUACUAGAUUUGGAUCAAUCAAAAGAGGCAGGCAUAAUACCUUAUGGCAUUUCUCUCUACCCAUUUCAUGCCCAGUUUGAUAAUGAACUGAGCUUUGGUGAAGGAGAAAUUGUUACUUUGAUUCGCUACAUUAGUAAAGAUUGGAUGGAAGGCAAAAUAUAUGAUAGAAAAGGAAUAUUUCCUUGUAAUUAUGUGAAUGUUAUUGUAGAUUGCGGUCGAGACAAUGAUUUACAGAGUAGUGGAAUUGGCUCCACAUUGGAAAGUUCUUCUACGGGAUCAUGUGACUUAGAAACUGAAUCAUUUGCUGCUGUCCUUUAUAAUUUUGAUGCACAAAUGAAUAGUGAUAUAAGCGUGAAAGAAGGUGAAAUAGUGUAUGUAAUGGAGCAACCAAAUGAAAGUUGGUGUAAAGUGCGAAACCAGUCAGGAGAAAUUGGACUUUGUCCUAGGAACUAUUUGACACUUCAUGUUUCUCAACCAAAAGUAAAGACUAAUUUGUUUCAAAGAUUUUCUCUCGCAAAUGACAAUCUUUUAGACUCAGAGAUUCCAGACAAUAUUGAUCAUGUGGAAAAUAGAAGAAGUUAUCAACCCCAGGAUUUUAUGUCAGGUUCACAUGGAACAUGCAGUGUAGAUGAUCUUAUAUCAUUAAAUAUUGAUAAUCUCAAAAGCAAUAAAACAUGGCAUGCAAAACCUACAUCAAGCAUGAGGGACCUUUCUGAUAUAUUUGGAAGUAGUAGUAAUAAAUCUGCAUCAGGGAGUAGUGAUCGCCUCUCCAGCUCUGGACAAAGUUAUAAUAGUGUUGAAAAGAGAGUGCCAUCACCAGCUGCUGGAGAACUGGAUUGGCAAAACAAUGUUUCUCAACCAACAAGUCGGCAAAGUAGCACACUCUCAUUGUUGGAUGAACCUAUUGUACCUGCCACACCAUCUACGUCUAGUGGUUUCCAAGGAUUUGGUCUUCCACGCAGGAGAGGUCCAUUGCAGCCAUCACGGUUUGCACCACCAGUUCCUCCACCAACUCACAAAUUGAAGCGGCAGAUUUCUGACAGAGUGCCUCAUCGACCAGCUCCCCCUGUCCCAUUGCCUGGCCAGAAACCAAUGCGACGACUAGAGGGAUCACCACAACGUCAUGCUGUUGAAGGCGAAUGUAAUCAGCAGUCAGGCAGAAAUGAAAUAAUAGCCAAAGAAAAUCAAUUAAAGUACCUGAUGCAAAUGAAAGAAGAAAUUUUAAGAAAAAUUGACUUCCACGAAGACUGCAAUGAUGUUGAAUUUAAUAAUAUGAAGUAUCAAGUUAAUGUUUAUGAUGAGAAAAUAAAAGUUCUUACUGCAGAUUUGGAAAGGCUAAAAGGUGGUGAACAAAAUGCUGACAGCAGUAGCAGAGAGUGUGUUGUGGGAUCAGAAACACCAUCUGCAACUAUUCCUACUUCUUGUAGUGAAGAGGAAAGGAGAUUGAAGUAUCUUGAACAAAGACAGAAUGUAAUUUCUGAGUUAGUAAUGACAGAAAAGGAAUAUGUCAGAGAUCUGAAAAUAACAUUUGAGGUCUUCAAUCUUCAUGAUCCUUCCAAGCUUGAAAGUCGAGGAAUAAAUGUAAAAAUGUUGUUUGGCAAUAUCUCAGAAGUAAUGUGUUUUGCUGAGGAGUUUUUGGAUAAAUUACUUUUCAGCAUGAAGGGCAAAAAUGAAGAUGAACAAUGCCUAGGUGUAGUUUUUUUGGAAAUGGCUGACCAAAUGAAAAGUGUUUAUGGAGAAUAUUGCAUGAAUCAUGAUCAUGCUCUGGGACUCCUAGAGAAGUAUGAAUCUGAACAAGAAGUGCAGAAAGUUUUUAAUAAAGGUCUUGAGACUUUACGUUAUCAAAUUGCUUGUUUUGAUAUGAGUUCAAUUCUCAUCAAACCAGUUCAAAGAAUUUUAAAAUAUCCUCUAAUUUUGAAUGAACUAAUCAAGUGCACAAGUGAGUCACAUAAGGACAAACCAGAUUUGCUACGAGCAGUGAAGACCAUAAUGGACGUUGCAACAUACAUCAAUGAGUGCAAACGUCGAAAAGACAUUGUUUCAAAAUACCUUGUGGAUGGUAAUGCUACAAUAUCUAGCAAAAUGUCAAGACUCUCUUUGCAUUCUGUAGCCAAGAAGUCUACUAGAUUUGGAAUGCUUGUUUCAUCCACUCUUGGGUUUGGUGCAGUGACUAAGGAUCCUGCUUUCAUUGAAUGUGAAACGGCUUUUCAUGCUAUUGAGAAGACCAUUCGCACUUUCUUAAAAAAUAUUGAAUCCUUUAUUCAACAUUUGCAUGAAGUUGUUUUGUCUCAGUGUUACAUCGCUGAAGGAUUUGCUCAUUUUUAUCAAGAAAGGCAUCCUGAUGUGGAAGAGUUUGCAAGAAUUCAAAAGUUGGUUAAUACUCAAUAUUUUAAAGAGUUUAUCCAAGAAGAAUUACUGAUUGCCAGAAACAAUUACCAAGCAUUAAAUGACCAACUUCUUGAGGAACUGCCUAUGUUGGUUUCUGUAUCUAGUGAUUUAUUUGAGGCUAAAGACCAAACUUCUAGCCAACGCGCUUAUUUGCAAAGUCAGUAUGGCCCAGAUAAAAUAUACUCUGUUAUUAGACCAUGUGUUGCAAAUGAAGCUCUGGAACUGAGCCUCAAUAUAGGUCACUUAGUUGCAGUUAUCAAGAAACAAAAUCCAAUGGGAGACUCCAAAAUAUGGUUUGUGGAUGAUGGAGCAAAUCGUGGAUUUGUUCCAUGUAAUAAUUUGAAAGAAGUGUACCAGAGUCCAGUGCCACAUAGACAUUCUAUAACUGUGCCACCCUCUUAUCAGUCUUCUAAUUUACCUGGUGCUGAUGGUGCUGGAAGUAUAAGACACACAGGAUCUUUGAAAAAAAAUCCUUCACCACCACCUUACAGAAGUGUGAUGCGAACUCCAAGUUAUUGUGCUGAAAGUUCAGAAACUGAAACUACAGACAGCUCAAAACAUAGAUAUGAAGUGAUUACUGAAAACAAGUCAAAACAUUUAUAUGAAGAUGUUAUUGUGACUGGAGAACCAUCAUUAGACGAAAGAGAUGAAGUAAGUGUUAAGAUAUUGCAUGACUGGUCAUAUAAAAAUGAUGAAGUUAUGGCAAUGAUUAUUUUAACAUUGUCAGAAGAACAGCCUUUGGUAUGCAGAGGAAUUAAAAGUGUUAAAGAACUUUGGGAGACUUUAAAGAAAAGACACGAAGGAACUGAACGGCAUCGACUGACUGUUAAAGAUGAAGUUAGCAAGAAUAGAGUAGAUGGAAAGAGAAGCUAUUGGGGACUUUCUGAUGUGGAUGGUUUGCCAAAAUAUUACAGUGAAGUUGCAACAGCAUUGUAUGCCAAUCCGCAUGUUGAUUUUAAGUCGAUGAGAGUGUUUUAUGAUAUGAAGAAAGUAGAAAAGAACAAGGAUGAAUGUGAACAAGAGCAAGUUGAUGAUUUAAGGCUUGUGGAAGAUGAAUUGUGUAUGCCAAAACAUACAUUAACUCAAAUAUUGAUUUACACCUUUGAAGAUCUUCUAGACAAAGAAAAACAGUUGUUAGAUAUACAGCACAGGACUAUCUUCUUUGAGAAAUUACAGGCUAUCGUAUCUCAUUAUUCAGAAAUUCCAGAAGAUGAUGCUGAGCCUGCUGAAGAGGUUUAUUAUGCAAUGUAUGACUUCCAAGGAGAUGGUGUGAGAACUCUAAGUGUAAAAUCCGGUCAACUUGUGAAAAUUCUGCAGAAACAUGAUGCUGAAAACAAUUCAGAAUGGUGGCUUGCUGAGGAUUUAAAUGGCAUGCGAGGUUUUGUACCUGGUAAUUUCUUGGGUAAGCAUCCAAAUUGAGGGAUACUACACAGUGCCACCCAGUCUACUUCAAUUGUCACAGCCAUUUUCCAAUUUUAUAUAACAUGCCAUUUUAUAUAACAUGCUAUUUUGGCUUAUCACCAGUAAUUGGACCACCUGUGCUUAUCACCAGUAAUUGGGAUUUUACCAGCAAUUUGUGUUCAUUAUCACAAUAUUUGCACAUACCACAUGCUGCAUAAAACUAUUAAAAUACUUGGUAAUGACAGCUAUGCCUAUCAUUUUUAAUAUUAAUGGCAAUGUAAGAAUGAUUGUACUAAGGAAACAAUUUAAAUUAUAUUCUAAAUGCUUCUGUCAAUACAGAAUAAGCAAGUAAUGGUAUUUAUAGAAUUUAGUAAUUUGAAACUUCAUUUUGAUGACUGGUAUAUUACGUUUUUAGUUUUAUAGUGCCAUCUGUACAGUAUUGUUACUGAUAAUUUAUAGUGUAUUAUUGUAAUUUAUUUUAUAAUGUUAUUGUAUUUUAUACUUUCCAUGCAUAAUGGAAUUUGUACUGCAGAGUUUAAUUUACUCUUUUUGUUAUUUGUUUGAUUGGCAGGGAAAUGAUUUAAUAAUCAUUGAUUUCAAACAGGGGUUCCCAAUUAUUCCAUUUUUCUGUGAUUAAAAAAACUUAUGUGAUAAGUAAAUGACCUGUGAUUACAACAGUGAAUAUAAUGUAAAUAAGUGAGAACAUUAUUUUUUGGAAUUAAUAUUCUGUGAGCUAAGAAAUAUCUAAGAUAUAUUCAAAUACUUUUUACUGAAAAGUGAUGAACCACAGGGUGAAUGUGUUUACAUAUUGCUUCCAUAAAUAUGUUGUGGUAAUAUGAAUACUUCUAUAAUACUAAUAACUUAGUUAACUUAAAGGAAUGCAACACCUAAUUAUACAAGAACAUGUGGGAAAUACAUUAUUUACUACCUGUAGUAAAUUGGUGUUUUAUUGUAAUGUUCUUGUACUAUUAAUUUAUUUUAUUUCAUCUUCUAAUUAUUGUAAUAUAAUGAAAUGUAAAACAAAAUUUUACUUCAUUGUAAAGCAUGCACGUUCCUGAGGAAUAGUACACCAGAUUUUAAAACAAAAAAUAUUUUUUCAAUUUCCUUCAUUGAUGAAGGAUUGUCUGUUCAUUAUACUUCCAUAACUCUUUUCAUAGCGAUGAUUGCAAGGAAAUAAUAUUGGAAGUUUUAACCAAAUUCUGUUGUUUGUGCACAUCUCUAGUGUCAUAUUUCCCCUUUAUAUUAAUGUGUGAAUGACAUAUUUCAAUUCCGGUUUCUGGUAUUUCAUCAACAAAAUAUUUUGACUAUUCAUGACAUUAAUGAACCCAGUGAUUUGGUCAGGUGUGAAUUUAUGCCACAAGUUUUAACCACUUACAUUUUCAGUACAUUGAAAUUUUCAAAUAUUAAAUGUACAUUUUUAUAUAUACUAUUUGUAACCAAUGGCCCAACUACCUUCUGCAUAUAGUUUCCAAUUCAUCUUGUAGCGAGUAAAUAACAGGAUACUAUGUUCUUGUUUUCUUAGUAUUCAGCACAAUAUUUUCUAUCUUUCUCCUUUUUAGUAUAUUUCUUUUUAAUUGCUUGAUUUCCAUAAUAUUAUCCGGAAACUUGGAAAAUCUUGGAAAAUCACAUGGUACAAUGUGUCGAGGUUAAUGACAUGUAAAGGGCUACAUUCUGGUGCCUGCAAAAAUUGAGAAAAUAGUGAAUAGUCAGAGGUGGUUACAAUGAUUUAUAUACACAGCUUGAUUCAUAAAUGUGCAUAAAUGCUGUUGGCUGACAUUCUAGGAUCAGAAUAUCAGAAUUUGUGAAGGAGAAUGCAACUUGUUUUAAUUCUCCCUAAAAAAAGUUCCUUGAAUAUCUUUUAACUUGUUUAAUGUUCUAAAUAGAAUCUCUACAUUGAAAAUUACUUUUUAUACAACUUUAAGUGUCUUGUAUUCAUUUAUAUUUUCAAAAGAUGAAAAAUCAUAGUUGUCAUAAAUACAGUCAAAAUGAUUUUUCACAUACUUCAAUGCGCUUUCUUAGCAUUUGUAGCCAGUGUCUUUUUAAUUGGUAUUAUCGAUUGUAUUGGCACUUUUCCAAAAUUAGCUUGAACCAUUUUAAUGCCACUAGAGCAACUUUUUAGAUCACAAAAUGUGUGUAAGGACAUUUCUUAAAGAACAUGUUAUCUUUCAUUUAACAUAAAAAGCAAAAAGAUUGGAUCAGGGGUUACAGAGGUAAUGGUGUCAAAAUAAUGUAAUUUUCCAUCAUCAUUAAUGGAGUCUCAAAAUAAGCUCCACCAUAACAUUUGGUGGCAUCUGCACGUUUACAUAUACUAAUAUGAUGUCGUAGGCUUCCACGGCCAGAGUCAUGAUCUGAUCUGUCUGGGUGACGCUGUGUUGGAGGCUGAGGUGCCAACGUUUCGAACGACAUAUUACGGUCUUCUUCAGGGCUUUAGUUUGGCACUAAAGCCCAGAAGAAGAUUGCGAUAUGUUGGUAGAAAUGUUUGUACCCCAGCCUGCGACAUGGCAUCAUCCGGGGAGCCCAGAUCUUGCACUAAUAUAUUAAAAUAACAAGUUUUCAUAAUUUAGAACCCAAAAAGAAACUGCUUCGUAUUUGCAUAUUUGUGCAUUAAAUUAGGCUAUAAUUUUGUUCUGGCUCAUCAUUCUAGCAAUUGUUGAGUGAGCUGUGUGGAAUUCUUGGCCUAUUUGAGCUCAUGAAAUCACCUGAAUCACUCUGCUAAUUAUUCCUGGUGCUCAGUAAUGAACUGUUGCUGCAACAUGUUCUCAUGUAUUAAGACAAGUUCGACUGAAGUUGUCAAAUGAACGGAAAAGGGAGAUGGACGGUAGUUUCACUAAGGAUUAUGUUCUUUAACAAAAAAAAGGGUCUCCUAUUUUUUCUCCUGAAAGUAUUGCAAAAUAACAAAAGACCUAAGUUAAAGAAUAGGAUAUUGUCAUUUACUGUGUAUUUUUAUUAUAUCAUUGCUUGACAGGGACCUGUCAUGACUUCCUAUAAAGGACCUUGUAUGCACCCUCCUGCACCCCACACAUCUUAUAAAUAAAAUUGUUUUUUCCACUGAAAUCGAUGCAAUGUAGCGAAAAAGUUAUUACAGAGAAAAUUAAAGCUGACGAAAUUGCCAACGAAAUUGUUUCUACCCAUUUUCUUUCUAUUCCCAAUAGCACAAGGUUAUUUGUUAAGAUAAAUGAA